GGGAAGUGCAGGGCAUGCUGAAUGCUGCUGAGGCAGCAUCGGCCGCCCACGGGGCAGUGCAAAUGUUGUGACAGGCAUGCUACCUGUGACUCCGUCACCAGGGUUACCAGGUCAACCAGAACAAGGCGGCCAGUCUGGCCCAGGCAUCCUACAUCGAAGGGCGUCGGCCUCUUUCAGCUCCAGCAACUCCAGCACCAGCAGUGAGAACGAGCAUCAUGAAACCGAGGGUGAAGACCUCGCGGCGCAGCAUGCCAAAAAUGCCAGACGGCGAGUAUCCCUGGCGGAUGAAGCCAACCUCAUUGCGCAAGCGCAAGCCCAAGUGGACGCUGCGGAAGAAGCGGAAGUUGAGAAAGAUCCUGGAUGCCUCAAAAAGGUCAUUGGCACUCGACUGGUGCUCCGGGAGGUAGUUCGCACCCGGCCCUUUUUGCUCACGGUGGCUCUCAUCAUCACAGCCAAUGCAGUCUACAUGGGAAUUGAGGUGGAUGCAAAUUCUGGUAUUGAAGUCGAUAGCAGUCAGUCCGUGGAUCAACCUGCAUGGGCAGCAGUGGAGAUAAUGUUCACCUUCAUAUUCCUUGUGGAAUUGACUGUGCGCUUCAUUGCGACUAUUCCUGUCAAGAGAUUCUUUAAGAGUGCUUGGAACCUAUUUGAUCUGCUGAUAGUGGCGGUAUCAAUAGUGGACAAUAUUCUCGUUAUUAUCUUGAGGAAUACAACAGAGAUUGGUAGCUUUUCAGUUCUGCGUUCACUACGCCUAAUCAGAGUUAUUCGUGUUUUCAGGCUUCUGAGGGUUUUGGGUGGCCUCUGGAAGCUGGUCCGUGGGAUCUUGAAUGCGGCCUACACGCUGAUUUGGACGUGGGUGCUGCUUGCUGUUGUCAUCUAUAUUUUCAGCAUCGUCUCGACUCGCUUGAUCGGUCAUGCACAUCGAGGUGACGCAUACAUUGAAGAGUACUUCGGCACAGUGUUUAGGAGCAUGCUGACUCUUUUUCAAGCGACCACCACAGAGGGCUGGGCAGACAUCGCCAGAGAGGUGAUGAAGCUCCAACCUUGGUCCGCAGGCUUUUUCAUUUUGUACCUUCAUGUCACCACCUUUGCCAUCCUGAAUGUGAUGAUUGCAGUCAUCGUGGAAAGCACAUUGGAUGAGGCAGACCAAAGCAAGCUGAAGUCGGCCGAGAAGCGGCUUGAAGACCUUCGCAAAGCCUAUGAAAAGAUCUACAAGGUCUUUCUAGACGGAGACAGUGAUCAAGAUGGGGUUCUCACGCAACAGGAGUUUCUUGAACACCUCGAACAGCCCAAAGUGUCCCGGUAUUUUGAGGAGAUUGGAAUCGACCCAAAUGAGGCCGAAUAUCUGUUCACAAUCCUUGACUACGACGGCAGCGGCUCCCUUGAUGCCUCUGAAUUCGUUGGAGGGCUCUUGAAGGUUAUAGGCACAGCCAAAGCCAAAGACAUUAUGGCAGUCCAUUGUGAAUUACGACGCUCUGAAAAGGAGGGACGUCAGCAGAUCUCUGUGCUUGAGCAAAGCAUUGAUCGACGAAUUGAGCUGGUCGAACUAGGCGUUGACACCCUCCGAGACGAAGUGCAAGCGCUCGCACUGGCAAUGGGUGUAUCGCUGGGAACUCGCAUGAGCCUUAGGUCGAUGGAGUCGAUCAGACGCAAACUGUUUGCACACAGAAAAGCUGCGCCAACUUGAUCGACUGAGAUUCGCAACCUCAAUCUUUUGUGAAGUGAAGUGAAGGCUUCACGUUGAGCUGGCAACACGCAGAGCUCCAUGUGCCAUUAAGAGUCUAAACCGGAAGCGCUGUUGAGAACCUGCCAUGCCAGACUGGUG